UGAUGUGAAUUCCUAUUUCCUGACUACUUGUGUUAUGAAAGCAAAUUGAAUGUUGUACAAGACUUUCGUACCUUAUUGAAUUUUGCGGUACAUUGGUGGUGAGUGUGCGUAUAAUUAAAAAGAACAUUUAUGGUGAUUUUAUAUGAAACCAAAAUGGAAAUAUGACUGCAUGGAACUUAUAUAUUCUAAGUUAAAACGUGGUUAAGAAGAUUUUGCGCCUUUUUAUCACUUGAUUUUCUACCUACACAGAAUGACGUCACAUUUGUAUUCUCUUGGGGGUUUAGAUGACUGUAAACUAUGGCGUCCCAAAACAAAACUAUUUCUGACGGCCAAUCAGGUUCUUUAGAAGCGGGAGUGCUUAAUUUCAAAUAAAUGUCUAUAUACAAGCAUUUCCAUCAAACCUAGAAUAUAACUGUGAAUACAUGUAAUGAACCCACAAUGGACUCGUUUAUUGGCGAAUUUCAAAAUACAUCCAAGAUUGUAUCAUGUUUCUGUACAGCGUGGGAAUAAGUCCUACACAAAAGAGUCAAAACCAGUUCCUGGGAGCCGUGACCAUAAAAAUCCAUUAGGAUGGGCUAAACGCUUAUUCCAGUUGAAAGAAAUGACUCCAGUAGAUCCUUCAACAACAACAACAAGUGAACCUCCUCUACUUCAUAUGGUCUGCCGUUUAAAACCUCUCAAGGGUGUUAUGCAUUAUCAAAAAGCUAUCCUUGAAAAAUAUGGUCUUGGAAAGGAUACAAAGAAUCACACUUGGGUAAUUGUAAAAAAUACGCCAUCAGUUAAUCGGGAGUUGUACGAAAUAAAACAUCUCGUUCGGAUACAACCGGUGAUUUUCGAAAAUGGUUUACCAAGUGAAGCUGAUUUGCUCACUUGUAAACUGCUUCCAGAUGGUAGAUUUUUCAGACAUCGAGGUCUUGCUGUUGAUGCCACGUUAACUACUGAUUCUUCAAAAUGUAAUGAGACAAGUUUGUCGGUGUGUGAUGGGAGUAUUGCCAAUGUUCCUAAGGUAUUCCCGAAUGUCGACGAUGUUGGUGACUACAGAUACUUAACUCGUAGAUACUUAAGACAAUGGCACAACAAAAAGUGGGAAAAUUUUGAAUUCUUCAAGAGUUUUUCACUUCACACUAUAAGUAUAAAUUGAAUCAAGAUGGCAAUGAAUAUCGUUACAGUGGCCUAUGGCGUUUAGAUAAAUCAAUCCUACAAUCCGUUGAAUCUCGACGAAAUCCUGAUGGUACUAUGAAACAGCCGAAUAACAAUCGAUUCGAAGCAGACUGGAAUACCUAUCCUUGGUCAAAAUAUUGAGUUUUACUUUUUGUUUUAAGACUAGGAUGUAAAACUGGUGUUUCCAGUGUUUGUUUAGAAAUUGUGUAAAUAGAUUUUGUAAUUAUGAAAAGUUAUGAUACAAGUAGUUGUGAAUUUUA